AUGACGAGCUUCAUUACAGACGACCAAAGUGCGGUGCCGUGCAUCUCGUUGCACGAUUUCACCGAACGUCGUGCCGAGAUCAUUGAGCAGCUCAUGGAUGCCAGCACGCGAAUCGGAUUCUUCACUCUGGAGAACCACGGCGUUUCGGCGGAGCAGAUUCAGGAUGCGUUUGCGCUCUCGCAGCAGUUUUUCGCGCUGCCAGACGAGGUCAAGUCCAAGACGCCGCUCAACGGCAAGAACAUGGGGUGGGAGAAGGGAGCUCAGAUCCGGCCGUCGACGGGUACGGCUGAUCAGAAGGAGUCGAUGCAGCUGCAGUUUGCGCGCAUGCAAGGAAUGUGGCCCUCGGACGACGACUUGUCGGGCUUCCGCGCAAGGGCAGAGAGCUUCAUGUCGACCGUGCAGCAGCUUUCGGUCAAGGUGAUGGAAUGCUUCGCCGAAGGACUCGGUCUGCCGUUGGACACUUUCACCAAUGGCACUGUUGAUCCGGGUGUAGGAGAUUCGCAGUCGACGUUGCGACUGCUGCACUAUCACAGCGUCGAAGGCAAGGAGUUUGGCAACAACUUUUGGCGAGCUGGCAGCCAUGCCGAUUUCGACGUGCUCACCAUGCUCUUCCAACGCGAUGGCGAAGGUGGACUAGAGGUGUGUCCCGGAAGAGAGGUGGUGGGCGACUUUGGACACGGAAACACGUGGACCAACGUCGAAGCACGCAGCGACCGCAUUGUGUGCAACAUCGGAGACCAGCUUAUGCGAUGGUCCGAUGACCGGCUCAAGUCGACAUUCCAUCGCGUCCGACUGCCCAACAAGGGCGAACCCACGGGCCCACGAUACUCGAUGGCCUUCUUCAACCAGGCGCGCAGCGAUGUGGUGAUCCAAGGACCCAAAAAGAAGUAUCCGCCCAUCACCGGAGCCGAGUUCAUCCGACAGGCGCUGGAGAGAAACAAGCUUGGUAUUAGCGCGCAGGCAUCGGCAGCGUCUGGUCGAACAGACAAGCAGCCUCACUCGGAUGCGCACGAUGCUGUCGCAGCUUCGCGCACUGUGAGCGUCAACUGA